AAACCGGAAACGGAAGUGGAGGAAUUCCGCAGAUGUCAAGCUAGGUUAGCUUCUCGCAGUUCUCGGGGCUUCCGCAUACGAUAUAUUUUUGUUUACUGUACUCUAUACUGUAUUUACGCGUCGCGUUGAGGCUCUGUGGGAGAAUGUCGUUUUACGGGGGAGCUUCGGGGACUUUUAUCGUGGCUGCUGCGGUGUUCGCCCUCCUGUUGGAUGCUGCAGCUGUUGCAAAUGCAAAGAGCUUUGAAGACGUUCGUUGCAAGUGCAUCUGCCCGCCUUACAGAAACUUCACAGGUCACAUCUACAAUCGAAAUGUCUCCCAAAAGGAUUGCAACUGCCUCCAUGUGGUGGAUCCCAUGCCGGUGCCUGGCCAUGACGUGGAAGCUUACUGUCUGCUGUGUGAGUGCAAGUAUGAGGAGCGGAGCAGCAACACUAUCAAGGUGACGAUCAUCAUCUACCUGUCUGUUGUGGGUGCACUGCUGCUCUACAUGCUUUUCCUUCUCUUGGUGGAUCCCCUUAUCCGCAAGCAUGAUGCCUACACCCAGCCUCUGCACAAUGAGGAGGACUCUGAGGAGAUGCGUCCACAGGUGGACAGCAGCCAGGCCAGAGGAAACACAGUGCUGGAGCGGGUCGAAGGGGCACAGCAGCGCUGGAAGAAGCAGGUCCAGGAACAGCGCAAGACUGUUUUCGACCGCCACAAACUGCUUAGUUGAACCCAGCGAGGACGAUCCUGAGCCAAGGUUUAGAGCAGGUAUCUUUUCUGUCACCAGCUGCACUUUCUUUAUUACUCUUCAGCCUCACAGUUUCUUCACAUGGUAUUCCAUUGCUUGACCCACAAGUUUUAUUAGUAUAAUGCAGACAUGAUCAGGAUGCUAUUUUCAUCUUAUUUUAUGAGGGCGACGGUUUAAAUCUACCAGUGACUAACACUUAUCGCUUGCACCAACUACUGCAUGCACAGCACAGUAAACCUUCAGGAAGGAUGGGGAGUGAGCUCUUCAUUUCAAAAUCAUUUCAAACUUUUAACAUCUUGAAACAUGAGACAGUAUAUAUAUAUAUAUAUAUAUAUUUUUUUUUUUUUUUUUAAUGCCCCAGACGUGCAUAUGUACAUGCGAGGAACGCUCUCCUUAAUUUCCACAAAGAAAAGACUAAAUUUAGCUGCCGCACACUGAGCGAACACAAUUCAACCGUGGCACAGUGUGCGGUUUGUGCAACUAUUUUUAUUUUUUUUCCUCUCAAAUAGCAGAGGUUAGGGUCCACAGGGGGGGACACACACCAUGACAUGAUUUUGUGAAUAAUAAUGUGUGAAUAGGCAGUAUUUCACUAUACACUAAUGCCCUUUUGUCAAUUUGUAACUGGACCAAUAACAGAACCUCUGCAGGCCAGAACUGCUAAAUAUCAUCUUAACUAUUUUAGUAGUUCUCCGUGCAAUGGACAUUGAUGUCCUAAACUUUUUAUUUAUGUAAUAGUUCUCCUUGUGAGUUACAAGGAAUUUGUGACACUUUUUUUCUGUUAGCCAUAAGGGUUUGUGUUAAGUUGUAAAAGAAUAGUGUGUGCUGUUACCAAGCACCCCAUUUAUUUAUUCAUAAUUUAUUACUGCUCAUAAUAAGUUUCGCAUAAUAUUCUGUGUGAUAUAUAAUGAGUGCUGUUCCUGUUUUUCUUCUUUCUUUUGAUGAUGCAUGGAAGUCCAGAUCAAAAUUGGGCACUCAAUGUAUAGGAUUCACAGUUUUUGAAAAAAAGUAGAUGUGUGCCUGACAGUAUGAUUUAGUAGCAUAUGAAUGAACUUUCCUGUAUUUGAAAGCCCCAUUGUGCCGGAGUUGCUGCUGAGUGAAUUACUUUCCACCAUUGUAUUUGUCAUGAUUCUUAUAUCAAAUAUAUAUGACUAAUUCUUUUGAGUGUUCUUGCUACUGUUUUGUAUUUAUAUUUAUUUGCCUGUACAUUUGUCUUAAUGCAAAAAUAAGAAAAGACUGGUUGUGCAA